AAUCACAGAUUGUAACCAGCCAAAUAAUCCUCCCGCAACAAAUUAAUAAUUAUGAACACUUUACGACCUUGCGGCUGCAAAGGUGUACGCACUUGCCUUAAAUGUGAAUCAGAUUUUAACAUACAAAAACCCAAUCUACAGCAAGAAUUACAAAAACUCGAGCCCUGGUCUUGGUGCAUCAAAUGUAAACGUUUAUAUCAAGGUUGGGAUUGUCAAAAGGUCCAAAAUGAACAUCCAGAACAUAACCAGGAAAAUGGUCUAGAAUUACCAGGCAUUUUUGUUAAAGCUAAUUUUCUAACUCCCGACGAAGGUAAUGAAAUCAUGUGCCGUUUGGAUGAUUUACCCUGGUGUAUCUCACAAAGUGGACGCCGGAAACAAAACUAUGGACCAAAAACAAAUUUUAAGAAGCGGAAGUUACAAAAUGGUACAUUUAAGGGAUUUCCCCAAACAACUGGUUUUAUACAAAACAAAUUUAAAAAUGAAGAAUUAUUGGAGAAUUUUCAAACCAUAGAACAAUGUUCUUUGGAGUAUGAUCCAACAAAAGGUGCGUCCAUAGAUCCUCAUAUAGAUGAUUGUUGGAUUUGGGGAGAACGUGUGGUGACGGUUAAUUGUUUAGGUGACUCGGUUUUAUCACUAACGUUGUAUAAAGAUGUUUUAGAAAAGAGUCUGGCAGAUAUCAGUAAAUACAAUUUAGAUUUGGUGCCCAAAUAUGAGAAUCAGUUAUUGGAGCCACUAUUAAGUGUGGAGGAUUUACAAGGUUUUAAGGAUAAAGUCAUACGGAUAAUAAUGCCAAAUUUAUCGCUUAUCGUUUUAUAUGGCCCAGUGCGCUAUCAAUUCGAACAUUCUGUUUUACGCGAAGAUGUUUUGGAGAGACGAGUAUGUUUGGCAUAUAGAGAAUUUACUCCUAUGUACUUGGAAGGUGGUUAUUCCUAUGAUAAAGGCCAGGAAGUUACGAAAAGUGCUUUAAAUUUUUGGACGCCUGAUAGUGAAGAAAAUAUAACAAAUGAAAUCAAAGUGUAAAUAAUAUACUAUGACAGUAAACUGAAAUGAAAACAGUAUACAA